UUCGCGACGUAAAGACGACGGUCCCGAAAAAGCCCGAAGAAGGAAGUGUCCUCUGCGAAAGUGACCGCACGACGUAGCAACAAAAAAACUGAGACAUUUUCGAGAGUUUUCCUGCAAUCCGGGUGUCAGCGUGUGUUUCAAGUGAAGUUUUACCAGCUAGCGACAGCUUGGAAGUGACUGUUUUGACGGUGUUUUGUGGCCGCGUUUCACAGCUUCCAACAGAAGACGCCAUACAAAGAACAGAGACAGAGAGAGAGAGUCGGUCGUGCACUUGUGUGACAAUGAAGGAGACAACCGUGAAUCAUACCGUGGACGCCGUGGAGCGUCUACCGAUGGCGCUCCUGUCCGGACAGCAUCCCCAGCCAGCCACAACCGGUAUCGAGGGAGUGCCGACCGGCAAGGUGGAAGGAAACCAGAUCCAGGCGCUACUGGAACGUCAUGAAAAUGGUCCCGCAGCCAUCAGCCUGCCGAAUGGCAUUGGCCGUCCGAUGCGAUCAUUCUCCCCGAUCAGUGGCGUUUCGCGGUUGCUAAAGAACCUCUAUCUGUGCGGUGGCAGUGCAGCGUCCGUUGCGAUGAUGCAGAAACUCGGUGUGACGUUCGUCAUCAACGUUACCAUGCCAACGGAGCUCACGGAUACGCCACUUCCGGCGUCGGACACACGGUACCUGCGGCUACCGGUGAAGGAUAAUCGUGAGGCGAACCUGGAGCGUUACUUCCACGAAGUUGCGGACUUGAUCGAAGAGGAGUCCAAUGCAAACGGAGUGACGCUGGUGCACUGUGUGGCCGGAAUUAGCCGUUCGGCCACACUCUGCCUUGCCUACCUGAUGAAGCAUCACCGGAUGAGCCUGAAGGAUGCGUACAACCACAUCAAGGAUAAGCGUCCACAGGUGCGACCGAACGUAUCGUUUGUGAAGCAGUUGAUGGACUUUGAGCAGCAACUGUACGGUAGCCGAUCGGUGUCGAUGGUUUACUGUCAUGCGCUCGAUCAGGAGCUGCCCGAUAUCUAUGAGCCCGAGUUCCGCACGAUGGAACAGCUGUACCAGAAGUUUCGGCGAAACAUUGCUCGACGUUAGUGAGCGGUCGAUGAACGGACCUCCCGGAUGACGCUAAUUUCGCGACCACGCCACGAGGUCAUUGACUUGAACUACAUGAAUUCCACUUAUUCCCUUUUUACUCUCGUAGCAUCUAGGCUUUGGUAAGGUUUUAAAAGGAACGAAAAUGAAGGGAGGGAGAAAAAAGGAAAGGAAAAAGGCACUUGAAACGGCCAUCGCUGCCAUCCACAGAAUUGACUCACGUUUUGGGUGGGCCCGGGGAGGGUGCGGUUCCCAUAUUCUGAUCUAUGAUAGUAUUCUACUUAUCUUGCAAACGCAAUCCUUUGCGCUCUCCCUAUCUCGCUACGAUAACUCACUAGCCUGCUUGUAAUGUUACCCGAAAUUACGCUCGCAAGAUACCAAAGCAACUCGAUGGUGUCGAUCGCAACGGUCCUUGGAUGGAUCAAAGGAACCUUUUCUCUCAAAGACAGACAGACAGACAGACAGAGUCCCACUGAUUCGAAAUGCCAUGUUUAAAAUUGCUGUGAUUGGAAUGUAACUGAUAAGCCGUGUCCGUGGAUCGUUAAUUUUAGGACCCCGGCCACACCACAGAUAUGUUUUGGGGGGGUUUCGAAGAGUGGGAGCAGCUGGUAGGUUUAGUUUGAUAGGUUUUUUUUGUAUCGAGUAAAACCACCAUUAACCACAUAAGCUUACGCGCGUUUACGCGAUAGACGGUGUGUAGACAGACCAUGGAAAUACACUUCUUAGAAAUAUAAAUCAUAUUCACUAACGGG